AACGAAGUGUUUUUUUUUGGCUGCUGAAGGUUGAACUGCAGAAUUUAUUGUUUUUUCUUCCAAAUAAAUUCGUUUAAAAAGAAAAAACUUUAAUUAAAUAAUUUCUUACACCUAAUAAAACACCACAACAGCUCCAUCAUGGAUCCAGCAUUGCUUCGGGAACGCGAAGCGUUCAAAAAGAGAGCCAUGGCUACUCCAACAAUUGAAAAGAAAACAAAAGUUGAAAUAGCUGCACCACCGCCAAGAGAUGAUAAGAAAAAAAUGCGACCACCAAGUGUUCCUAAAUUGGAUUCGAGCACAUACAAAACAAUGUCUGGAAGUUCCCAAUAUCGUUUUGGUGUGUUGGCCAAAAUUGUUAAACACAUGAGAACUCGUCAUCAGGAUGGCGAUGACCAUCCUCUAACUAUUGAGGAAAUUUUAGAUGAAACCAAUCAACUUGAUAUUGGACAGUCUGUUAAGAAUUGGCUUGCAUCAGAAGCCCUAAUGAACAAUCCAAAGAUUGAAGUCUCACCAGACAACUGCAGAUUUGCUUUUAAACCGGUUUACAAAAUCAAAGACGGAAAGAGUCUUUUACGUUUGUUGAAACAACAUGAUCUCAAAGGUUUGGGUGGCAUUUUGCUUGACGAUGUUCAAGAAUCAUUGCCACAUUGUGAGAAAGUCUUGAAAAACCGAGCAUCAGAAAUUAUAUUCAUCAUUCGACCAAUUGACAAAAAGAAGAUUCUCUUCUACAAUGAUCGAACGGCUAACUUUACGGUUGAUGAAGAUUUCCAAAAAUUAUGGCGUUCGGCUACUGUGGAUGCGAUGGACGAUGCUAAAAUUGAUGAGUACCUUGAGAAACAAGGUAUUCGAUCUAUGCAAGACCAUGGACCAAAGAAACCUGUUCCUAAGCGAAAGAAGAUGUCCAACAAGAAGAGGCAAUUCAAGAAGCCUAGAGACAAUGAGCAUUUGGCUCAUGUUCUUGAAGUUUAUGAAGAUAAUACGCUGACGUUGAAGGGAACUAAUCCCACGUAGAUUAAGUUUCUUUUUUAUGAUCUUUUUACAUAGUUUUUUCUUUAAUCAAUAAAUGUACCUUAUGAAUAGGCUA